AUGGGUGGCAGAAUCCUCUGUGUGGCUGAGAAGCCCUCGAUAGCCAGAGCAGUCGCACAGCAUCUCGGCGGCCAAGUCCAAGCACGCAACGUUCCCGGCAUCCAAUGGGUCAAGAACUACGAGUUCAACUACACCUUCCCGCCCUGGGGCGCCUGCACCGUGAUCUUCACCUCCGUAGCCGGCCACCUCCACACCAUCGACUUCGACACACGGUACCGCAGCUGGAACUCGUGCCAACCGGGCCAGCUCUUCGACGCCCCCGUCGUGACCUCCAUCGACGACGACAAGAAGGCUAUCGCGCGGAACAUCGAGACGCAGGCGCGCGGCGCUAGGACGCUGUUUAUCUGGACCGACUGCGAUAGGGAGGGCGAGCACAUCGGGACGGAGAUUAGGGAUGUGGCGCUGAAGAGUAAUCCGAGGCUGGAGGUGUGCAGGGCCAGGUUUAGCAAUAUUGAGAGGGCGCAUGUUGUUAACGCUGCGAGGAAUCCGGUGCCGUUGGAUGAGCGGCAGGCGAAUGCGGUGGCGGCGAGGAUAGAGCUGGAUUUGAGGAUUGGUGCGGCGUUUACGCGGAUGCAGACGUUACAGCUACGGCCGAUGGUUGAGCAGAUGCUUGAGAGCAAAGUCAUCAGCUAUGGAAGUUGCCAGUUUCCAACGCUGGGGUUCGUCGUGGAUCGGUACUUCCGAGUCAAGAACUUCGUGCCGGAGCAGUUCUGGCACAUCCGGGUCAUGCAUAGGAAAGAUGACAUUGACGUCACUUUCAACUGGAAGAGAGGCCAUUUGUUUGAUCGAAUGGCGGUCACGAUCAUCUUCGAGAGAUGCAUCAUGGCAAGGACGGCGAAGGUGGUCAAGAUGCAGAAGAAGCCGACCAGCAAAUGGAAACCGCUGCCACUGACCACGGUUGAGCUGCAAAAGAUGGGAAGCAGGUUUCUCAGGAUGGACAGUCAGAGGGUGAUGAAGAUUGCUGAGGAGCUGUACACGAAGGGCUGGAUCAGUUAUCCUAGGACAGAAACUGACCAGUUCGAUCGAGGCAUGGAUCUGAGAAAGCUGGUAGAGAAGCAAUGUCCGGACGGACAAUGGGGUCCUUAUGCUCAGGGCUUGAUGAACGGCGGCUUCAACCAACCGCGCCAAGGCCGCAACAACGACAAAGCACACCCGCCCAUCCAUCCCGUAAACCAUGUCGCUGCUUCUCACCUCAGAGACGACGAAGAGCGCCGCGUGUAUGAAUUUAUCGUCCGCCGCUUCCUCGCGUGCUGUUCCGAAGACGCCAGAGGCGAGGCCACUGAUGUCGAGAUCCAGUAUGGUACUGAAAUCUUCCGGACCCAUGGCUUGCUCGUCUUGCAAAGGAACUACUUGGAUGUGUAUCCGUACGACAAGUGGGUGAGCAGCCAGCAACUGCCCAACUUUACGCUAGGCGAGACGUUCGAGCCGACUGAAGCUAAGAUGUUGGAUGGUAAAACAACCGCUCCAGGCUUCCUUACCGAACCGGAGCUUAUUGCGCUGAUGGAUGCGAAUGGCAUUGGGACUGACGCUACUAUGGCGGAACACAUCGCCAAAAUCAAGGAGAGGGCGUACGUGAUGACACGACCACGAGGCAGAGCCACAGGCGGCGGAACCGGUUUACAAGAGUUCAUUCCUACCACGCUGGGGGUGGCCCUGAUCGAAGGCUAUGACAAUGUCGGCUUCGAGACUUCCCUCGGCAAGCCGUUCCUGCGGAAAGAGAUGGAGCUCCUGAUGAAGGCCAUUUGCGCAGGAACAACAACCAGGAACGACGUCGUGCACCAGAGCUUGGAGCAGUACCGCGAGGUCUUUGUGAGGACCACACGGCAGAUAAACGUGCUCAAAGAAGUGAUCAUUCCGAAAAUACAUUCUCCCUCAGGACCAGCAAGGUUGAACGCAUCGCAUCUUACAAACCUGGAGCAACUCGAAGGCUACACGUCAUUGCUACUUCACGAUACUUUACACGACAGCUCUGCGCUCGACCCUGCCGCACGUGUGGGCAGAGCGGGGAGAUCUUCAGAGCGAGCAGAUCCCGUCGCUCUCUGCGCUAUCCGCGGCGCCGGGUUCGGCGGGCCAUCCGUUGCCAAUCCAGCCAGACACGUCCUGGAUCGCCGCACACGUGCCGAUGCGGGGACGGAGCACCUUCGGCGUGGCCUGCGACACUUUUCGGCUUGCGUUUCCUCAGCUCGCUCCCCGCCGCAAUUCGGCACGGAGGAGACACGCGAAGGAUUCCGCGUGACUUUCUGGUGCGGAGACGGUGCGGGACACGAUGUGCGCUCCUCGGGUGAUUGA